AUGAAGCUAAAACUGUUGGAUAAAUUGUCAAAGGACUUUACAGAACUACUUGGAGAUACUGAAGAUUAUAAUGUUAUUAUUGAAAUCGGCGUAGAAUUAAAUAAGAAAUCUUUUACUGCACAUUCAGCUGUAUUACGCUAUAGGUCAUCAUAUUUUCGCAGGGAGCUGGCUAAAACUGUAACUAAUGAAAAUCACAAGGAACUGGUGAGAUUCUUGGCGGAUAUAACCCUCUGA